AUUUAAUGAGUCACUGCACGUACGCGCAGGUCUGAUAGAAGGAGAUAGCAAAGCUGUCUCAGGCAAUUUGAGUAAUAAGUAAUAAGAAGAAGGAAAAAUGGGAUCACCACCAACAUCGCCGCCCGCUGCCUCCAAUUCUGAGAAUUCAGCAACUCAUCCCACUUCACUGGUUUCUCCCAAGGUUGAAGAUGGUGCUGCUAAGAAUGGUGUCGCCGAUGUCCUCCACGAAAACCCUGACUUGGCCCAUUUUCAGAUACUUGACAGUGUAGAAAACAUGGACAAGUACAGAAAAUAUGAAGCUGACUACACCAGCCGGCUGAUGGCAAAAUAUUUCUCUAAGAAAAAUUUUUAUGGAGGUGUCAACAGGUCGGACAGGACAAUUUGAAGGGAAGAAACUUUCUCCUUGAGCUGGGAAUUUUCUUCCAGGAUCUGGUGGUUGCUCUCUAAUAAAUGGAUAACCUUCUCCGAAAGUUGAUGAUUCAUGGUUUGCAGAUGAUUAACUUGGCAUUGAAGCUCUUCGAUUUGCUUCUUCUUGCGCAUACGUGAUCUUCGAGCAGAUUCUCUGUUGGAUAUCAUCCUUUUGAGUCUUCUCUCAUGGGAAAUUCCCAUUUGAUGAUCACUUGUUUCAUUUAGAGUCGAAUUUGCGCUAAGAGGUGAGGUGUUUGGAGAUAAUAUAUGGAGUGGGAAAUGAAUUGUGGAGUUGGAUGAGAACGAUCUGGUGAAGAAACUUGAAGUGGAUUCUUGAUUUUGAGAGAAAUUUGUAUGGGACUCGAUUCUUUGCAUGUUUAGGUUGGUCAUAGGAGAAAGAGUAAGAAGAUUUUGAGCUGAGCUUGCAUGAGGUAGACAAUGGAGUCCCUUGAUUUCAUUUGGAUCCAUAAGCAUAGAACUAGCUAAAGGAGGAGGAACUAGAAGGAUGGAAAAUAGGGCUUUUAAAGACAAUACUUUAGCAGCAAAGAGGAAGAGUUUCUUGUUAUGCAAGUAUUUUUACUGUCAUUCAUGUAUUUGAGCUACCAAUAGUUGCAUUUUAGAUCUAUCAUCUAUAGCCUUUACAAUUGGACCUACAAUUUGAUGUUUGCUAUGUAUAAGGAUACACUGAACAAUCAAUAUAAGAGAGAAAAUAACAAAGAAUUUUUACCAUGAAGAAUGCAAAGAGGAUAUACCCAAUUAGGCAAAAUAGAAAAGUAGGGAUUCUGUAACUUUCAAGGACAUAGUAGCCCUUUUAAUCUCAUAUAUUUGCAUGGUUUUGGUUAGUGAAAAGUAACUUCUGUUUUGGAGUAUUGUGGUGAAGAUUGAAGAAAGUGACUAAUGGCUAGGUUUUGGGUCAAUGCUUUUUGCAUCAGA